GACAUCACCGACUUUAGGCAGGGAAAACCAAGAAGAUGGGAAUUAUUAUGGACGAUUCAUUUUUAAUAUGGGAAUCUGCAUGUUUUUAUUGCUUCCCGCUUUUUCAUUAUGGUUUGAUGGCGUGAAUACAUUUGAGAUGCUUUCCUUGCUAGUCGUUUCUCUUUUUCUAUCUCCAUCUCCUUUUAAUUCAAUCAACCGACAAUUUCUCACAACUUCCUUUAAUAUUACGUCUUCAACUCAUAUUCUGGGAGAAACAGUCCACAAUCAUGUCACAAAAUGCAUUAUUACGUAUCAGUCGUCCCAAGUACUCUUCAGUAAUGACGUCAAUGACAUUUGCCAAUUCAUCCCGCCGAAGCGUCUGCAGAAUCCCAUCCCGGAGCAUUUCCUCCAUAACGCAAUAUCAAAACUAUAUGAAAAGCAUCUCCAAUCCUCAAUUUCAACAAUUUACAAAUCACUUCUCAACUUCUACAACCAAAAUGUCAGAUUCCAACAAGAACUUUCUUUUGAGCAAUGUGUUCAAUGUCAAGGGCAAGGUGGCCCUCGUGACAGGCGGCGGAUCAGGAAUUGGUUUGAUGGCAACUCAAGCACUGGCUGUAAACGGUGCCAAAGUAUAUAUUGUGGGACGAACGGAAGAAAAGCUUGAAAAUGUUGUUAAGCAUCACGGCCAAAACAUUGAGGGAGAAAUUAUCCCUAUCGUUGCAGACGUUACACGUAAAGACGAAAUUGCUCGUGUGGUAAAGGAGAUUGAGUCAAAAGAGAAAUGCCUUUGCAUUUUAAUCAACAAUGCCGGAAUUUCUGGAGCUACUCAGCAAACGGAGGCCAAGACUGCGGAGGAAAUGAAGAAGAAUCUUUUUGAUGAUGAGAGUUCGACAUUUGAUGAUUGGUGCAAUACCUACCGUACCAAUGUUCCUCAAUUAUUCUUCAUGACCACAGCUUUCCUUCCUCUGCUUCAAAAGGCUUCGGACCAUCAAUACGGAUACUCCGGAACUGUGAUUAACAUCUCCUCGAUCUCCGGUAUUGUCCAAUCUUCACAACAUCAUUUCGGAUACAACGCUAGCAAAGCUGCAGCCAUUCACUUGACGAAGAUGCUAUCUUCGGAGAUCGCGGGUAAUGGAUUGAAGAUCAGAGUCAAUAGCAUUGCACCGGGUGUAUUCCCUAGUGAGAUGACGACUGGUGGCGAGAGUGGACAAGAUCAGAAGAGCCACAUCGAGAAGGAGAAGUAUGAGAAGGUUCCCGCCAAAAGACCGGGCAAGGACGAAGACAUGGCCGGUGCGAUAUUGUUCGCGGCUACCAAUCAGUAUCUGAACGGUCAGACCGUGGCUGUCGAUGGUGGAUAUAUCUUACAUGCCGGUGCUUAAUGAUCUUAUGAAAGGUGGUACGUGUACGAUAGAACUAUAUGAUAAUGAUGGAAUGAUGGGUAUCGGUACUCGGAAUGAAUCAAUGUACCAAGUUAGCUUUUUCAGUACCUUUCAUAAUUUUCAAGUGAGACAACAAUCGCUGCGACAAUCUAUAAACCUCCAAAGACAUUUAGAUCAAUAACAUCGCUGCA